CGCGGGAUCGGAGGCACGGUCUCCGGGGGAGCCCCUCUGAGGUGAAGAGGCGGGCCCGGGGGGGCUCCGGGACUCACCGGGUCGGCCGGCGGGCCAGAGGCGGAGACGGGACCCGAGUCCGGGCGUCGCGAAUCCCGGGCCGCGCCGCCUCUCCGUGGUAGGGGAUCCGCGGGCCCGGCACGGCCGGAGCCCAGAUUCCCGGCGGGCCCGGCUCUCUUCCGGCCCUCCCUGCCACUCGGGUCGGAUCCCGCCCCGCGGGAAGGCCGCGGGGGUCAGCACCGACUCCCCCCCGCCGUAGAUGCGGACGGCCUCCAUGGCUUUGGUGGGCCUCCUGUUCCUGGCCGUGAUGGCCAUCGUGCAGCGGCCCUUGAUGGUCAGUGACAGGUUGGACGUGGACACCCUGGCCCGGUGCCGCCGGCUGGAGAAGUUGAGCAACCGGGAGAUGAGGCGGCUGGAGCGGGAGUUCGAGGAGCGACGGCGGCCGCUCCCUCCGCCGCCGGGAGGUGCCCCGGGGAUGCCCGGGAAGGAUGGCGGCGGUGCCGGCGGACGGGCGCCCCGGACGGGUGACCGGGCCGGGAAGGUGUCCGGCUGGAUCCUGAGCAACCUGGGGAACCUGGGCCUCUUGGGCCUCUUCCUGCUCUUCGAGGUCGUGCGGCAGAACCUGCAGCACGGAGCGUCCUUCGACGCGGGCAGCAGCGACGAGGACGACGGGGAGGAGGAGGACGACGACGACGGCCGGGGAGGGGAGGUCGAGGCGGCGGCGGCGACGGAGCCGAGGCUCCCCGAGGGCCUCGGCAGCUGGCUGGGGGACUUGCCCAGCAGCGAGGCCCUGGCCGGCUUCCUGGAGCAGCGCCUCGAGGCCUCCUCCCGGGUCCGGCCCGGCACCUGCGAGUUCGUGGAGAGCUUCGUGGACGACCUGCUGGACGCCUGCCGGGGGCUGGCCGGCCGGGAAGCGCUCCUGCAGCUGGAGGACUGCCUGGGGCUGGGGGCGGCCUACGAGCGGUGGGGCCCCCUGCGGGGCCCGCCCCGGCUGCGGGUGCUGGUGCCCCUGCUGCCCCCGCCGGGCAGGGCCCUGGUCCCGGAGCCGCGGGUCCGGCCGGGCGCCGGCCGCGUCGCCGUGGGGCCGGAGUGCCAGUGCGAGCGCCGGGAGGUCCCGGGGGACGUGCUGUGCCUGCUGCACCGGCCGGGGGCCGGGCCGGGCCCCUCGCCGCUGGAGGCCACCCUCUGCAGCGGCCGCCACCUGGACCGGCUGAAGACCGUGCGCUGGUUCAGCCGCCUGGUGGCUGAGGCCUGGGCCCGGGUGGCCCACAAGUACGACUUCGGCCUCAGCGUCCUGGCCCCGACCACCUGCUGCCGGCUGCGGCUGGGCUACCGCUCGGGCCGCCGCCUGGACGUCAGCGUGGUCCUGGGCGUGCAGUGGGACGAGUCCCUGGUCUACCUGGCCAGCCGGGAGGACGGGCCGGCGGAGGGGCCGGAGCCCCCGAGCGGGCUGGACUGGCCCGAGUCCUGCGCCGCCUGCGAGCAGAUCUUCCUCAAGCUGGUGGGCCGCUGCGCCCCGCCGGAGUCCUGCCACCUCCGCUGCCUGCAGGUCCUCGACUGGCUCCGGGACCCGCCGGGGGGCUCCCGGCCCGGCCCGCCCGUCCUCACGCCCUACCACUUGAAGACGGCCCUCAUGCACCAGCUGCUGCUCCUGCCCCUGUCCGCCUGGAAGCCCGAGCUGCUGUCCCAGCGGGUGCGGGACGUCCUCUCCUGCCUGGCCCGCGGCCUGCGGGAGCGCCGCCUGCCGCACUUCUGGACGGGCAACGACCGCCUGCCCCUCACGGUCCCCGUCCCCGAGGCCCUGCGCGGCGCCCGGCCCCUCAAUCUCUUCGGACACCUGGAGCGGGACCCCCGGCUCCUCGCGCGGGCCGUCCUCGAGUUCCGGGACCUCGUCGGCCGGGUGAAGGCCGCGGGCCUCCGCCCGCCCGCCCGGGACGCGUGACGGCCAUUAAACCAGAGAGGGUACGCGUC